GUAUCGGAGUACGUUCAUUCUAGCUUAUCUGACCGGUGACAGUUUCCACUAUUUUGAGAGUGACACGCUUGGUCUGUCAAUGUUAAAAGUUUAGGAUUUAUUUACAACGUUUAUGUUCUGUGGAAAUAAAUUGUGAUAUUUUCGGAUAUAAAAUGUGGAAAUUUAUUCGCUAAUUUGAAUGUUUUCGUGCUUUUUUCGACGAUUUAGAAAGGAGUAUGAGCUCAGCGUCAGAUCAAGCUUUAUGGCAGGACAGUAUUUCGGAACCUGAAAGAAUUCACCAUGAGUUGUUGUUUUACAGUCAGGGACCUGUUGAUGGAUAUUUAUCUGGAGAGCGAGCCAGAGAUUUAUUCCUGCAUUCUCGACUGCCGCUAACAGUUCUAAGUCAAAUAUGGAAUCUGGCGGACGUGAGCAAUGACAAUGUUCUCAGUGUAGAGGAGUUUGUGCUUGCUAUGCAUUUAAUAUUGAAAGUGAAGGAAGGUCUUCCUAUCCCACGAACACUUCCCAAACAUCUAGUCCCUAAGACAAUCCCAGCUGUAGAUAUAUCAGAGAUUUCGGACAGUGAAAGAACUGCUUACCAAAAUGUGUUCAACAAACUAUCUCAUGCACAAAUUGAUGCCAUUCAAGGGAGACAACUCUUAUUGGAGUCAGCAUUGUCAGGGGAAGAGUUGUCUCAUAUAUGGGACUUGUCAGAUAUAAACAGAGAUGGACAGCUGGACAGAAAUGAAUGGAAUGUGUCAUGUCAUCUUGUACGACAUCUAAAACAAGGUGGAAAAUUAUCUGGUCCAGUGAAUGUUUUCCAGUUGAUACCUCAAUGUCUAUCUCCGGUUUGUUACCUCGCAAGAAAACACAGAGUUGAAGAGUACAACAAAAAGAAACAUCAUCUUAUGACAUUAAAGGAGAGGCGUAAAUCACAGAUUGAUAGUGAAUCUAGGAGACUUGAACUGUUGAAGAAAAGAUUUGCACUUCACAAAGAACUUUACGAGUGUUCAAAAUCGACGGAGGGUAUAACAGUUCCAGAGGAAGAGUACAAUCUCUACAAGGAAAAGGAGGAGAGUAACAUUGAGAAAGUUGAAGCUGUUAUAUACAGAUUAAAGAAGGAGCAUGAGAAUAUACGUCAGCAGACGGUAAAGGUUAUACUCGGUGAACAAGGUAGUUUACAGGAAGAUGCUAGACUUGUCAAGCUAGAACAAGAAGAUGUGAGGCAAAAAUUAGCCACUUAUCAUACCAAAGCUACCAAAGAUCCUGAUCCAUUUCAUCAACUCUAUGAACUUAGAAGAGAUUUAAGAAAGCGGAGCACGCUUUCCGAGGGUGAGGAACCAGAAGUUCAUUUCCCAUUUACAGCAAACCCUUUUGAUAAGGAAUCCCUUCAACCAAAGUUUUCCGGCCACUCAAUAUUCAUAUCUCCCAACCCUCGUGUAUUCAACAAUAAUAACAGUCACAAAGAGGCAGCCAUUUUGAAGGAACUUUGUGGGUUCGGAGACGGGUUUGUAGAAAAGUGGUGUGACGGAGUGACAGUUGGCGACCUUGACGUUGAUCCUAUAUUCAUGUCAAUAAAUGUGCCAAUGGAUAACCGUUGUUGGUCCGGUGUUAACUGGUCAGAGACCGGUAAUGAGCAGGUUAAAGGGUUACACCAGAAACUGGUUGAUCUAAAAAUAGAAAUGCAGAAUCUUAACGAGGAUAAUGGCGGACAGUUAUUGUUUAGGAACCCAGACGAUUACCUUGCCAGACAAAAGGCUCAGGAAGAAGAGGAGAGACUACUAGAAAAGAACAGAUACCAGAGACGUUACAGUAGUGAGAAAAGGUCGGACAAGGAUGUGAGCAAGAGAAGAAGUUAUAUAGCACCUCAUACACCCGAUGAUGAUGCACAGAAAUUAGCUAGGGAAUAUAGACAGAAAAGACGGUCAUUAAAUUUGGAUAAGAGAUCUGAACAUUCUGAUAAACAAAAAACUAAUAAGCCAUCUGGCACAGAUAGUGGAAGUAAGAAGCACUCUAGCUCUGAAAAGAAAUCAAAUGAAAAACCAUUAAAAAUUUCUACAGACUCUACUGAUGGAUUUUCACCAGACAGUGCAUCGUCCCCAAGGUCAUCUGGAGUGACCUCACCAAGGUCAGCAACAUCACCACCUCGUCCAUCUACCAAACGUAAGGCAGCUCCACCACCUCCUAUCUCCACAUCAACACCAGCAGACUCUUCUCCUGCUUUAACUAAAGAAUCACCAUCAUCCCCGCCAGUACAACAGAAACCAGUAGAAGCUUCCUCUUCCAAACCCAUCCCACAACCUAGAUCACCUCAGUCUAAGAUACCAAAGCCAGUCACAAACCAGGAACCACAGAAUUCCACACCAAGCACACCUCAAAACAACUCUGAACAAAUUGCAUCAGUUCAAAGUAAAUUAAACACACCACAUGAGAUUCAGCAGCCCAGUAGGCCACCAAGAAGGAAAAAGAAAUCUGAAGAAAAUAAGUCAUUCUUGCAUGAAAGCUUUGAAAAAGAACAAACUAGAAAAUCAAAAGAAAUUGCACUAAAUGUGGAUCUAAAUGACAGUCCUUAUGCAAGUAGUAAUUUACAAGAAUCAAAAACAGUUGAUACAGUUAGUGAACCUAAUUCUUAUGAUUUGAAAGAAGACUCUCUUUUAGAUACUAUAAUAAAAGAACUGCCAUCUUUUCAGAGUGAAAAGGCAGACAAAGAAGUUGAAGGUAAACAAAGAAUUAAGAAUGAAGUAAAUGUAACAGUUGAAGAAGUCAUUGUUGCAAAUGUAGAUUCAGGCGUAGAAUGUGAGAUUAAACCAGUCAAAGUUGAUAAACCAAGAGGGAGACUUAUUGAAUCUAAAGGUGAAUAUAAAAUAGAACUCACAGAUAAGCAAGUAGAACCUGAUAGAAUUAAUGCUGAUGAUAGUGAUGAAGAAAAAGAGUUUAUCAUAAACAGACAGUUUCAGAAUGAUCGUAAGCGUUCAUUAGAGUCUGUGGAACCAGAGAACUGUAUAGAACAUAUGAGCGCAGAAACUUACAAUAAAAGGAGUGAAGAUUUGCUACAAACUUUUGAAAAAAUUGCAGCAUAUCCUAACAGGAAAAAUUUUAAAGAUACAAAAGACACAAUAUCUAUAGCUUCUGAUAUUUCUGUAUCAUCUGCAGGAUCAGAAGCUCCUCCUUUACCAGAUAGUGCCCCGCCUCCUCUUCAUUUCCUAGUAUCUUCUCAGCAAACACCUUCAUUGAGUGAAAACUCUCAGAGAGUGGAAGUUAAUGAAGUUAUAGAGUUAGAAAAUUCAAAAGAAUCUGAAACAAGUCCAGAAAUGUCAGAAGUCCCAGUUAUUACAGAGAAGGCAAGUCCAAGGGAAGUUGUGAGUCCAAUAGAUGACCUGAAGGCUUCAAUGUUCAGUAUGCGUGUGACAUCACCAACACGUGAUAUGACUGGAGGUGUACACACAAAUGGGGAGUUAACUGUUGAUACAGUUAUGGGAAAAGGCGAUGUAAACUCUGAUUCGGAUAUAUCUGAUGAUGGAGAUUUAACUGGAAAUUUUACCCCAGGUGAGAAGAUAACCAGAAAUGUUCCAGUAGAAACCAAUGAAGAUGAUGGUGGUAUACAGCUUGUGUCUUACAAUCCUAAACUGAACAGUCCUAACAGUGACCAGUCAGGUCCAGACUCUGCCUUUGAGGACAUGCAGUCAAGUAUGACCUCAAAUGAUCCUCUUAGUAACACCAUCGAUGACUUCUCUCCAGAAGAUUAUGUCACAGUGGAGAAAGUUGAAAAGGUAGAAGCUACACCAAAGAAAGAAGGAAGGUCAUUCGUCCUGGAGUUUGAUACUGAUAAGCCUAAAGGUGGGGCAGUUCUAAGUCCAACAAGUAAUAAAGACUUCAUGGCAAAAGCUCAACAGUUUGCAGACUCUGUACAGAGGCCACCAAAGAUGACAGUGAAAUUGAAGAGAGAGAUUCAGACUCCACAGGAUUUGACUGAUGAGAGAUAUUUACUGCUUGAGGCAGAGAGGCGAGCUGUUAUCAGCUCCAGUACUGUAAAAAAGAAGAAUGUUGUCUCAUCUGUAACAUAUGAAGAAGAUGCAACAAUAGAUAGUGCUGAUUCUCCAGAUCCAGAAGAUACAAUACAGGAAUGGCGAAGUGAAGUGAGCAAACGUAGUAACAUUCCAUGGGAAGAAAAACCUGAUAAAGUCAACCUAUACAGCGAAAAUAUUAUACAGGAAACAGAGAACACUGAGGCUGUUGAUCGAGAAUCUAUUGCCAAUCUCUCCAAAGCACGGCAGCAGUGGGAAAACAAAGCUCAAACAGGCGAAGAAACUCCUAGGAAGCAGAAACAACCUCAACAGGUUCGUCAUUGGGAAGUCAAACUUCCUACGCCGUUGAAAAGAGUUCCAGCAGACGUGGUACGCACGACGAAAAACGAUUCCGAUUCAGAAUCAGAAAACAUGGCGGACACUGAGCAUGCUAAUGAAAGUGCUAUUGAGCGAGAAAUUCGCCUUGCAAUGGAGCGUGAAGAAUUAUUGAAAAGAGAGCAAGAAGAAAGAGCUAACUUACAAGAGAGACAAGUGUCAUCUGUAAAGAAAGAAACAUUUGAAAAAAUUGAGCAGAAUAACAAUAAGCCAACAUAUCAUGAGAUGACGGAAGCUGACCGAGGCUCCGAGUUACAACAGCGCGAGGAGCUAAUACAACAAGAAUUGCAGGAACAACAAGAACGUGAGGCAGCUUACAGGGGAAAUACUCGCACUGUUGAGGAUUUGAGCCCAUCGUCUGCUGAUGAAGACGAGAAUGCCAAUGAGAGUAUAAUCGAGCGUGAAAUACGUCUGCAACAAGAGAGAGAGCGGGAACUUGAGGAACGUAGACAACAGUUAGCAAAAACUAAAAUAAAGGAUAACGAGCCAACGGUUGAGGAAACAGUUACAAUGGAAUACACUGAAGUGGUUGAAUCUGUUCCUACACCGGCUUCGACUAUGUCAGAGACCCCAGUCUCAACACCAGAUGUACUCAGCGAGGCUGAGGAUCAAAGUGAGGUUAAACCAGAACAUAAAGCAAGAAUUUCUUAUGAGGAAGCAAUUUCUAGUGCUGCACAUGAUGGUGAAAGUUUGAUUGCACGUGAAUUACGAGAAGCCCGUGAAAGAGAGGAAGAGCUUCAGAGACAGCGACAAUUGACCUCAAAUACGAACAAAGCCACAACACCAAAACAGGCAGUGACCCCAAGUAGUGUAAAACAGUCCGUCUCAAAUGAAAAUAUUGACAAUCAGAAACCAAGUUAUCAGAAAGAUGUGUCACCAUUUAAAAAUGAACGUCGUCAGUCCACAGAUUCUCUCUCUUCGGGUCACAGCAGUGAAAAACCAAAAAAUGCAACUCCUAGAGGUGUACGAGUUACAACGUUUGGUGGAAGUGGUAAAAUGGCAAAUCUUACAUACAAAACUCCAGACAAACCUAAAGAAACAAAAAGACAGGAAACUCCCAUUGAACGUGAGAUAAGAUUAGCAAGAGAGAGGGAAAAUGAAUAUAGAGUAUCAAAAGGUCUUCCUCCAUUGAAAGAUGAAACAAAAGUAGAAUACAACAAAGAUGAUGAUACAAAGGAAGAAGUGACAAUUACAAAAUCAUCAUUCUUUAGUCCAACCCAACAAAGUAAGGGAGAUAAUAUUCAAAAGUUUGCUUCCUCUAGGUUACAAAAAGAAAUUAACAAACAAACUGCUUUAGAAAAAAAAUAUCGCGAGGAAGGAAAAAUUAAAUCAACAUCUGAAGAUCAUCUUGGACUGCUUAAAUACACGGAUAUUGCCACACAAGAGCAAUCUUCUGUUCCUAAAAGAAACUUUAGCAUCACACGUAAAAAUGCACCGGUCACUGAACAGAAACAGAACGGUGCACCGGAACCCAAGCCAACAAAGGCACUUACUCCAGAUCAGCCUACACCAAAAUUUAAUCGUAGUGUAAGCGGUGGAGUAACAUUUAGUUAUAAAGAAUCGAGACACAAGGCUGAAUCUAAAAUAGAACAGGAGCUUAGAGAAAUGAGGGAGAGAGAAGAUGAACUAAGAAGUCAGAGGUCAGGCUCAGGUGUUGUGUCACCACGUAGUCCUAGAAGCCCUGAUACAACCAGCGUUGUAAACAAAAGAUCACAGUUUGAGCAGACAUCGUAACCAUAGAAACUCUUUAUUUAGAAACCAGAUAGUAAAUUUUGUGUUCAAUAGCCAGACAAACAAUGAAUCAGUAGGCAAGAUUGUGUUUCAAACUGUUUCAUAAUGGACAACCACAAGAACAACAACAAAAGUGGGUGACAGCUGAUAUUAGUGCCUUAGCUACUGUGUCAAUGUUGAAAAGUAUUUUGUGUAUGAAAUUUUUGGUUAUUUUAAGAUUUUCUAAAUUGAUAAUAAUAGAACUAUAUCAUAUGAAAUACCACUUAAGUGUUGAUUCGACAAAGAUACAUUUAUUUAAGACCACAUUGACUUUAAACCAAAAUCAUGUAAUACAUGCCAGUGUGUAUUGAGCAUGUUAUAUAUAUAUAUAAUGAAAGCAAAAAGUGAUUACCAAAUGUUCUGUUAUUUUGGUUUCUUUAUUUUCAAUGAAUUAAAAAUUACUUAUUUGUAAUAAAAGUAUGUCUUGCAUCAUAGUAGUGAAGAAAUUUGUUAUUAAAAUCUCUGAAAUCAGUAAUGCCUGUUUUCUGGGGUGAGUUGAAGUAUGUACUUGUAAUUAAAGAGUUGCCAUGAUUGACAGUAUUUUGGUGUAAGGAGUUGAAUUUUUGGUGCUGUAGAAGAGAAAAGUACAGAAAAAAAUAGCGUAUGAUAUAGCGUAUACGGAUACAAGUAGCCAAACUGUACUGUAGUGAAUUAGUGUGUAUAUAGUUUAUGAAUUUCGACAUUUAACCCUUAUUGUGCUGAAACUGAGGUGAUCAGCCCCAGUAUAAAGCCAGGUCAGCCUGCACAUCCAUGCAGUCUGACCAGGCUCUAUACAUUUGGCUUAUAUAAAGUUUUCAUCUUGAUAUUCAAAAAUCAAUUAUGGAAAGGCUUGACAAAGUUAAGCAGUUUAAGGGUUAAAGUGUAUCAUUUAUGCAUCAUAUAUUUGACUUGUUCUGUGAUUUUUUAAUGUGUGUAAGACUAAAAAGUGUAGUAGUCAAUGUUAUGACUGUUACAAGAAUAUUUUAUCAUAUAGUCUUUUAUAACAUGUUGAUUUAAUGUUGAUUUGUAUACAUGACAUUACGUAUAAUUCUUUAUACUGCUAAGUGAUACAUGAUACAUGUUGUUUUUUAUAUAGCUUAAUGUAUAUUAAGUGUUCUGCAGUAUAUUAUGCAAUUUUAAUUGUACCUGGUUGUAUUUCAGAAAUUUAUUCAGAUUAUGAAAUAUAUUUAAUGGUAUUGUUUAUAUUUUUUUCUAAUUUUGAGUAUUAAUUGUAACAAGCGUUAUUGUAAACCUUGUUUUUUUUAGGUAAUGUGAAGGUUUUUUUUGUCAGUAGUGUAAGAACAUAUUCUUAAGUUACCUCAUUUCCUGUUACAUAUGAAAUUACAAUGUUUGAAUUAUGAAAUAGUCAUGUUUUCAGCAAAAAAAACCCCCAUAUUAUGAGAAUAUUUGAGUACCUGAUGGUAUUUGGACAAAAGCCCCUCGGCCCCUUGACAGAUUUACGGAACAAAUCAUAAAAAGUCCCUCAUUAGGUGCUUAAAAAAUGCGAAUAUGAACAACAUUAAAUGGUACAACUAUAUUUAGAAUAUGUAAACUUGCUUUUCAAUGAAAUUAUUGUGACCAUGAAGUUUUUUUUAAAUGUUUUUGAGUGGUAAAUUUCUCUACGAGGGAGUGAAUAGAUUAAAGAUGUAAUAAUCUACAUUAUGUGAGGUUGUGGUUAGCUUUGUUAAGAUUUAGAAUUUUGCUGACAGAGUUUGAGAUUAGAGAUUAUUGUUCUAUGAUGAUAAUAGGGACAAUUAGACACCAUGUGUUACUGCAAUCAAUAUAGGAAACUGAAUUCUUGCUGGUAUAUUAACUUGCUUUACUGUAUAUAGGCUGUUCUAAUAUUGAUUUUCAUUGUAUAAUAUUGGAAUGGGAAGAGAACAGAUCUGAUAUCUAAAACUUUAGUCGCCAGCAGCUUCUAGAAUUAUACUAAACAUUGCGAUAGGCUCAUCAGCUGUGACUAAAAAUAUAUCUGAUAGAAAAUGGUGUGUGA